AAUUUCUGGAGGACUCAAAUUUAGGAGCCGAUCGAAUACCUCGCGGACACAACAACAAAUUCUGCCGUUAUUGCUCAAAAACAACUAUGCAGUUGCUUUAUUUACAUAAAGGCGCACUUUUUAUUUGUACUUUUUGAGACCAUGCAAAAUCUCGAAACUCUUUGUCCGACAACGCAGCACCUUACCGGAGAUUCCCGAGCGGAUCGUCGCUGUUCCCCGCCGUCGUAUAGAAUAAUCGGAACCUACUCCAGUUGAUGAAGUGAUUCAAGCGCAGUUCACCAGCACGCCAGAUUUUUGCACAGGCCUCGCGAAAUGGAGACGGGAGCGGAGACAGAAGACGUGCCCAAAUUACAUUUGGAGGCCAGCGAACUUUGGAGACAGUUCCAUCAAUGUUGCACUGAAAUGGUCAUCACAAAAUCUGGAAGGCGCAUGUUCCCACCUUUACGGUUAAGAUGCACUGGUAUGGAAACAAAAACUAAAUACAUCCUAAUGAUGGACGUCGUGGCGGCGGAUGAACGCAGAUAUAAAUUUCAUCAUUCCCGCUGGAUGGUGGCGGGGAAGGCGGAUCCAGAGUUGCCCAAGCGCGUGUACAUUCACCCGGACAGCCCUGCCGCAGGCGAGCAGUGGAUGUCCAAAGUGGUCACGUUCCACAAAGUGAAACUUACUAACAAUAAAUCUGACACGCAUGGAUUUACCAUCCUCAACUCGAUGCACAAAUAUCAACCAAGAUUUCACAUCGUAGAGGCAAACAAUAUCCUGAAGCUGUCUUGCAGCAGCACCUUUCAAACUUACGUCUUCCCUGAGACAGAGUUCAUUGCAGUUACAGCUUAUCAGAAUGACAAGAUCACUCAGCUGAAAAUAGACAACAAUCCUUUCGCAAAGGGGUUUCGCGACACAGGAAAUGGCAAAAGAGAAAAGAGGCAGGUUAUUUUUCCUUUAUAUUAUGAAGAUGCCCAGGACAGUGACGAUGAAAAAGAACAUGGAACCCGCAAAAAAACUGAACUGAGGAUUUCUCCAGGAAGGAGACCAAGUCUGAUUGAUUGUUCUGUUCGGCAAGACUCUGAGCAAAAUGAGAUUCGUCGCAGUUCUCAUUCAGAAUUAGAGAGACAUCUUCAGGACUCAACAACUGGACGGAAUUCUCUCCACUCUUCCAAGUUAAACAGCUGCCCAUUACCCGGUCCCACCAGGGCAGCCCAGAAUGGACCUUCCCCACUCAAGUAUGACAAACUGGGACUAUUUGUCUUCUCCAAUAACAUGGCCACCUAUUCCGCCUGUGGCUGA